UCCAGGAAGUAAAAACACUCUGUUUUAUAAUAAUCUAAUCAUCGGAACAUGUGUCUUAUGCUUAAGUUUAUUUAAGACUUAUUUCUGAAUACUGAUUUACAGAUUUUUCUUCUUAGAUCUUAUAUUAUUUUACACUUUAAGCAUACGGAAAACUUUAGACAAUUAGAUAAAACGACUCAGGACAUAAACAAAAUGGCGACCGCUGGUAAUUUAUCUGGAAAGUUAGAGGGCGGACACGAAACGUUUUCUGACUUUGCAUGCUCACUUUGUGAGAAGGAAGGGAAACGCGUGGACGCUGCUAAAUACUGUGAAGAAUGUUUUGUCUACAUGUGUGACUCUUGUGUCAGGACACACAACAGGUUUCCGCUUAACUCGAAACAUAAACUGUUGGAUCAAAGCCAGUUUACGACGCUGAGUCAGCCUGCACUGAAGUCAUUCCCAACAAAGCGAUGUUUGAAACAUCCCGGAGAAUUAAUCAAUAUCUUCUGUGAAGACCACGAUGUUGUGUGUUGCAGUGUUUGCAAGGCCCUUGAUCACAGCACGUGUACUAAAACGCAGAAUUUACCUGAAGCCGCUAAAGGUGUGCUGUUGAGCAAAGAAUUCCAAAAUAUCAAGAAAGAAGCAAAAACGUUCCUAUCAGACGUUAACAGCGUGCUUGCAAAUCGUUCAGCCGACAUUUUGUGUAUAGCCAAGGAGAAAGAUAAUAUUAAGCAAACUAUUGCAAAUUUUCGAAAGAAAGUGAACAAAUACUUUGAUACUUUGGAACGGAAAAGUCUUGAUGAACUAGAUUUGAGAGAGAAGCGUAUCACUACAAUUAUUGACCAAGAUAUGAAAUUCCUUCGUACAACAAAAACAAAGGCCAAAAACAUUCUUAAACAAAUGGAGCGAUUCAAGGGAGAUAAUGAAUGUGAACUUUUCGUUCAAGUUAAAAAUGGCAAGAAUUUCGUUCAUGAUAAUAUGGAGAAUGUUCAGCAUAUUUUAAAAUCUGAACGAGAAGAGUCUAUCAAAUUUAUCAUACAUCGUGAAAUCGAAGUCUUUCUUAGCACCAUAGACACGUUAGGGACAUUUUCCAAAACACGACUUGCGUCUGCAUCCUCAAAAACUCGAGUGGUCGUUCCGAAAAAAUCUCCUGUUUCUCAAACAAAACAAGCUGAUACAGUAACUUCUGGCCCCGAACUUACACUAUUGAAUGCAAUAAAAUCUGGUUAG